AUGUCGUCCUAUGAUAUUGCAGACCUUUCCGCUGUCAAGAAUUGCAGUCAUUUGAAGCCCGACAUCACCCAAGAACUCUACCACGUCGUCCUUUGGCUUACGACCUCAACUACAUCGUGCCUGAGAUCCAUCCCCACCUUGGCGAUUCCAAAUAACUCAGAAGAUCCCGGAGUGGCGGUAAUGGUCGAGGGCCUCCACCCCGGCUUGAGUCUUCUUCCCGUUGGCUUUCACCCCACUGUACGGCCUCAGAUUAUCACCAACGUCUUUGUCUGUCAAGCCGCCGAGCCUGAGACUUUCGCUGCCGAGGCUCCUGUCGUCAAGAACACUGUCUUCACGGAUGUCACCAAGCGCGAAUUACAGUCCAUCGAGCCUGGCGUCGGUUCUGAGGCUCGUCGUACUGGAAGCUUUGCUGCAACAGUGCUUCAUGUCAUUGGCAUCGACGAAGCAGAAAAUAUCACUGCGUCGCUGCAGGGUUGCUUAUACCAUGCUCACGUCAACCCAAGUCGCAGCCAGGCAGUUCUGGGUCACCAUUUCGAGCCCUGUCGACAGCAGGCUGUGCACAGCGGAAACUACUUUGCUGGAGGCAACUUUGCUUCGACGAUGCGGCCUACACUGCACUGCGAUACCUUUGCGAGGGCGGGCAAAUUCCGGAUCCUGAAUUCGAUGGCGGCCCGCUGGUGCGCCACUCGUCGACCUUCUAGGCGAAAGGGGGAAUGUGCCCAGCGUGGCCGUGUCGUCUUCCGCACUGCUCGUAGCGAAGUGCGGACUUCUUGGACGUCCCAGCAUCAGGGAUUCAGUGCUUGGAUCCGCUGGGACAGCGCUGAGGAACUGCGUGGUUUCCGUAAUUCUUUUGGUUUUGACGAUGCCGGCGCUCUCUGUAUUCUUCAGUUCAACUCGCGCGCUAGCGCACCACUGGUGGCGGGCGUCUACCUGGUCAAUCUCACACUGCCUCGAGAGUCCAACUUCAAUUUGACCAACAGGCGUCUGCGCCUCCUCAAGUACGUCACGAGCAUGCACAUUGCGCACGCCUUCACUGCCGUGGGGCGCAAGCUAUGGAGCGUCACCCCGACUUCACUGUUAUUGAGCAUUACAGUAUCCUCGUCAAAUGCCUCCUGGGUUAGAGCCUCUCACCUACCUCAGUGA